AGCUGUUCCCUUUGCGCAAACUGGACUCGCAGAAAAUCUGGGAUUGUCUGCUGCAAACAUUCGCGCGCUUCGGAUUCCCGACGAGUUUGAUUUCCGACAACGCUUCUUAUUUCACUAGCAAGGUGUUCGUGGAUGCGUGUGCGGUGCUGGGAAUUGAGCAUAAACGUACAUCACCGUAUCACCCGCAUGCAAACAUCACUGAAAGGGUGAACCGGAACCUUAAGAUGAUGCUCGUUGCGCAUACCGAUCGCCACAAGGACUGGGACGCGAAGCUCCCAGAAAUGGCCUUCGCCACUCACACCACGGUUAACCGGUCGACCGGUCUCAGCCCUGCCCAGCUAAAUUUUGGCAAAGAACUUGCCUUCCCGCUUUCGAACGCUCUUCGCUCAACAGAACCCACGUCGCAAUACCGCAGCUACUCGAAGUUUGCAGACGACCUCCGCAAGCGCUUCUCGGACAACCUCAGAGAAGCUCGGGAGAGCCUCGACGUCGCCAGACUGCAGCAGUCCGAGCAGUACAACCAGGGACGCCGAAACCUGCAGUUUGAGGUGGGAGACCUCGUGCUCAGGCGCACUCAUCCCCUGAGUGAUGCAACAAGGGGAUUCACGGCCUCACUGGCAAACAGAUGGAGAGAGGGUGGCGAUCUCAUCACCGCGGCCGUCGCAGCCAUAUCAGCCACCACGGCCACCAGGGCCGGGGGACCCAUUCGAGGUGGCGACCACGGUCACCCAGGCCACAAGGACAGGGGCCGGGGCCAUCACGACGAGAUCAGGGCAACGCGGACUUCCACAUCCUCUGCCGCCGCUGCCGGCGACGGCCACAAGCCACCGUGACAACAUGGAUGGUGCAGACCGACGGUGGACCGGUCGGCU